UGACAACCCAUCUACCCAGUAUUCUAUUCUACAUAAACAACUACCUGACCAGAGCUUUUCCCAUCUACAAAAGACUAUUGUUACUCCGAGACUGAUACUACACACCUUGUAUACCAUCUGAUUGCAACACCACCACCAACAUGACGCCCACCACGCUCAGCAUCGUCGUCCAAAACAACUCGACGGCGGCCCAGCUGUACGCCUACGUGACGGGCACCGCGGACUCGGGCCUCUUCUUCCUCAGCGCCGACGGCGUCACGCCGUACUACCCGCCCUCGCCGUCGGCCACGCUGCAGCCGCUGGGCCAGGACUGCGCCGUGGCGGUCGGCGGGCCGGGCCAGAGCCGGACGCUGACGAUUCCGCGGCUGGCCGGCGCGCGGGUGUGGUUCGGCCUGGACGCGCCGCUGACGUUUCUGCUGAACCCGGGCCCGGCCGUGGUCGAGCCGUCGGCGACGAACCCGGCGGACAAGAACUACAACGUCAAGUGGGCGUUUGCGGAGCUGACGCUCAACGAGGCGGAGCUGUACGUCAACGUCUCGUACGUGGAUUUCUUCAGCGUGCCGGUGUCGCUGCGGCUGGAGAACGGAAAGGGGGAAGUCAGGAGCGUGGAGGGCAUGCCGGCCGGGGGGCUGGACGAGGUGUGCGACAAGUUGACUGCGCAGGGGGCCAAGGACGGCAAAGGGUGGGAGAAGCUGGUGGUCAAGACGGCGGACGGCAAGGCGAACCUGAGGGCGCUGAGCCCGAACGCGGGCGGCGUCAUGUUCCCCGGCCUGUUUGACGGGUACUACGACGGGUACGUGGACGCCGUGUGGACGCGGUACAAGAGCGAGGACGUGGUGGUGAACAUGCAGUUUGCCGACUGGGGCGAUGCCGUGGGCAGGGUCGACGCCUCCGGGGAGAAGCUGGUGUUUUCCAACGGCGGCGGCACGUUUGCGAAGCCCUCGGCGGCGGACAUCUUUUCGUGCAGCACCGGUCCGUUUGCCGGCGGUGAGGACGUGUCGCCGAAGCAGCUCAACGUCGGGGCGAGGCUGGCGGCGGCGCUCAACAGGAGCACUUUGUUGCUGGACGGGCCGCACCCGGAGGGGGACGAUGUUAGUGAGUAUUAUCUGGAUCCGGUGACGAACCACUACUCGCGGGUGUGUCAUGAGGUGAGCAUUGGGGGGAGGGGUUAUGCGUUUCCGUAUGAUGAUGUUGGCAAGACGGGGGGCGAGGACCAGAGUGGGUUUUUGAAUGAUGGGGACCCAAAGGUUUUGACCAUUGGGGUUGGGGCGCCUCUUUGAAGUGGUGAUGAUGAUGGUGAUGAUGUGGGAGGGAGGAUUGAAGAGAUUUGUAUAUGGAGGGAAUGUUUUGUAUAUAUGGAGUG